CUCGCCUGACUUGAUAAGGGUUCUGCGGCAUGGCGGCAAUCCCUACGGCUGGAUGCACUCUUCCCGGUGGGGUAACGCUAAGGAUUCGACGUUCCCUAAGGAGGUGACGGAUUUCCUACCCGACAUGAACUUAAAUGACGGUAUGUCUUGAUUCACCAAUUACAGUUUGCGGUCAUCCUAUGUUUCCUCUUGAGAAAUAAUGUGGGUCCAGCAAGCUCUGAGUCAUAUAAAUCAACCAGGAAAUGGUCUGCCUGGUCUUAACUGAAAGCUUGUCUCUCUCAAAUGGAUUAUUCGAAGUAUGACGAUAUUCUCAGUUACCUCUCUGCUCCGCCCAUUUCAAUGUCCAAGUCGACUACACAGUCUGAAUCUGAACUACUGGAGCCGUUUUCUUACAUUGCCUCUUGUCCCAGCAAAGAGAUCCGCAGUCAGUUGAUAGCUGCGUUCAACGUAUGGCUGCAAGUCCCAGCCGAUCAACUUGAUGUCAUCACGCGUGUAGUCGGCCUUUUGCACAAUGCAAGCCUCCUCGUCGAUGACAUCGAGGAUAACUCCGAACUCAGAAGGGGUAGACCUGUUGCCCACAAGAUAUAUGGUAUCCCUCAGACGAUCAAUACAGCGAAUUAUGUAUACUUCCUCGCGUACCACGAACUUUUCAAGAUGGAUUUGUACGGAAGUGUCGCGAAUGCCUAUGGUGUGGUUAAGCGGCCGAGACUCACUCAUCGCCUCACCUUCAUCCUGAAUGAAGAACUCUUGGCCCUUCACCGUGGCCAAGGGCGCGAAUUACUCUGGCGUGACAGUCUUCGAUGCCCAACUGAAGACGAAUACUUGUCAAUGGUGAAAGACAAGACAGGCGGACUCUUGCGCGUAGCGAUACGCCUCAUGAUGGCGUGUGCAACUGCAAAUACGGAUGUGAAUUACAUCCCUCUCGUCGAUCUUGUUGGUAUUUAUUUCCAGAUUCGCGAUGAUUACAUGAACCUCCAGAGCCCCAUGUACGCAAACAACAAAGGCUUUGCGGAGGAUUUGACGGAGGGUAAAUUCUCAUUCCCGAUAGUGCACGGAAUCAGACAAGAUCCAAAUGACAGACAAAUUAUAAGUGUCCUCCAGAAACGACCGAAGACCCCAACCUUAAAGCACCACGUUGUUUCUUACCUGAGAGAAUCGACACACUCUUUUGAUUACAGUCUCGGCGUAAUGCAGUCUCUGGAGCGGCAAGCACGGGCUGAAGUGGCUAGACUCGGCGGGAAUACUCUGCUGGAGGCUAUUCUAGACAAUUUGAGAGUCGACUGUGUACACAAGUAAAGCCGCUUGCUGUCAGGUAAACAAACACUGAAAGCUAGAGCUAUUAGUCCGUCUCUACGAUACUCCCCGCGAUUCGUCAGCUUGACUUCUCGAUAUUGAUAUUUUUCUUCUACUUUUUGUACGUUGAUCGGAAGCUGCGUGCUUUUAUGUAGGGUGCCAAUGUAGUGGGCGGUGGCUAUGUCUAACAACGCCUUGUCAUCUGC